UUCCAUGGCACCAAACACACUCGCCUCAACCAUUACUACUAUAUAAUCUCUUCUUCCACUUCUCUCUCUCUCUCUCAAAUCGCUUUCUCUUUCUAAAAUCUCCUCAGUCCUCGACAGAAGCUCAAGCAAACAGCGAGAAUCAAGAAAAAUGCUUAAUAAGGACGCUUGCUCUCCCUCCUCCAAUGGCGGAUUCGGCCCCGCUGCCGUCUCUGGUCAAUUGCCGUCAAACGGAGGCUACGGUUCGCUGUACUCAGCUCUGUCGAACGAUAACCUUCCUUCGCUCUCCGCGAACUGCAGCAACGGAGGCGGCGUUUCGCUGUACCCAUACUCGGACUCAACAACUCAGUAUGACUCGUGCGUGAUUCAGAAGCACCAGGACAUGGUGAACCGUCAAAGCAUGUGCCUGAAUCGCCUGGUGGAGACUUCCAAAGAGGUGGAUGCUCUGAGGCAGGAGAACGGUCAGCUCCGGGCAGCAAACAAGGAGCUGCAGAAGCAGCUGCACCUCGUCAUCCAGGCUUCGCUGGAGAGUCAGUACGCCGCCGCCGGCAGUGGAUCCUCCGGCCAGACUCAACCGACGCUGUUCGACGUCUUGCAUGGCUUCCGCAGCCUCCACAUUGGGGAAGGCAAAGAGAAUUAUGCCGAUUGGAAUAACAACAAUAAUCAUAAUCACAACAAUAUUUUGAAUAAUAAUAAUAACAAGGACCUGCAGGAAGCGUCAGACGAGAGUCCAACGAGCGUGAUGGAGAAUAACGUGGUGGAGGUUGAGAGAUUCUCGCUCCCUAAGAGCAUAUCUGUGAGGUCCAAUGGCUACUUGAAGAUGGCUCAGUCUGCUGCUCUUGCCACCAAUAAUAAUGUAACUCGCAAUAAAGGUGCCACUCGCCCACGCGCCACCGCAACUCCACCUGAAGCCGUUCAGAAGGUGUAUGUGCGGGGAGGGCAGAAAGAGGAAGAGCCUCUGGAAAUGGUAGUGUAUAACCAAGGGAUGUUCAAAACUGAGCUGUGUAAUAAGUGGCAGGAAACUGGUACAUGCCCAUACGGAGACCACUGCCAAUUUGCUCACGGUAUUGGGGAGCUUCGCCCAGUCAUCCGCCACCCACGCUACAAAACCGAGGUCUGCAGGAUGGUCCUUGCGGGGGUUGUGUGCCCAUAUGGCCAUAGAUGCCAUUUCCGCCAUGCACUCACUGAACAAGAGAAAGCUGUCGUAUCACAGCCUAAGCCCAGAACAAUGAAGCUGGAAAGAUAAGAGUCCGUAUGCUGGA